CUUAAAAUUUCACAGAUUUCUAUAAGUUACUCAUAUGUAACGAUACAUUCACAAUAAGCUCUAAGCUUAGAUCAAUUGCAGUGCUUGGAAAAUGCCAUUUAAAUUCAAAUUCAAAGCCGAAGAUUUAAUAUCGAAAGGACGAACAUCCGCUGAAAAUGUGGAUGCCAUAAAAUCCUGGCUGCAAACGAUAGAAGACGAGUUCGUGCCCAAGAAUCUCCCCGACGAAAUGAUAGUGUUAUUUUUGUUAUGUUGUGAAAACCGUCCGGAGUUAACCAAGCAAACGAUAACGUGGAAUUUCAAACUAAAACGCCAGUGCCCCGAACUUCACGACAACAGAAUCGUCACCAAGGAUACGGAAUUAAUGUUUGACAUUUGGAGUAUCGUUUCCUCGCCGAAAAGGACUCCCGAAAAUUACGUUAUACAUUAUCUCAGAUUGAACGAUGCCGAUUGUAAAAAAUUCGAUCUGACCGAGAUUUUCAGGGCAACGCUGAUGCUGAUGGAUGUGUCCUUGCGCAGGACCGCCGAUCCUCCAGAUGGGCUCGUUGUUGUUAUGGAUUUUGGGCUGGCGGGCUUGAGACAUUUAACCAAAAUGAACCUGGAUUUAAUGAGACAUUACUUCAAUUACCUACAGGAAGCCUUGCCGAUGAAAAUGCGGGCCAUCCAUUACUUAAAUUCGAAUUUCGCUUUGAAAAAAGUGUUCAGUUUAAUCAAAUUUCUGAUUAAAAACGAUUUGUUCGAUACGAUGACUUUCCACCCUCCCGGCGUGUCUGAUGAGUAUUUCUACGAAUUCAUCCCGAAAGAUUGCUUGCCCAAGGAUUAUGGAGGAGACAUGCCCAGCUUGAACGACCUCACUAAAUUAACCAGACAACAAUUCAUCGAUUGUGAAGAGUAUUGGAAGACUGAAGAAAACCUUAGGAAGAAUAUCGAAUGAAUGCUUUAUUAUGUGUUUGUUAUUAGGUAUACGGUUUAUAAAUUGGAGAAUAUAAAUUAUUAUUAUCCACAUUUAGGUACACAAAAUUUUAAGAGUAACAUCGAAAGUAAAACAAUUCAAAAGCAAUCAACAGUAAAAUGUAAAAAAAGUAAUACACAAAUAAUCGUAAUGUAAAUUUCAAUUUGUCGUAAAAUAAUUGGCUGGUACCGAU